GCCCUGGACCGGCGCGGUGUGCUCCCUUGCUCUGCGGGGGUGGCGGCGGUGGGUAUCCCGGCCGCCGUUGGCGUUCUGGGCUUCGGCAGCGCCGGAAUUUUGGCCGGGUCCAUCGGCGCAAAGAUGAUGUCGGCCGCGGCCAUCGCGAACGGCGGCGGAGUGGCUGCUGGGGGUGUGGUUGCCACCCUGCAGUCAAUCGGGGCUGCCGGGGUGCCGACCGCGGUCUCAGCAGCAGCAACGGCCGGAGGAGCGGUGCUGGGGGCCUUGAAGGACCUUUGCAGCUGAGAGGCCAAGAAAGCCCCUU